UGAAGCUGACAGUUCACAUCCACCCAGUCCCAAGAUGUAGAAUGGUGGAGCUGAACCUCUCCUCCGCCAUUUGUCUUCAUGACAUACUGCUUUAUUAAUUAAGCACCUGAAUAAAUUUACCUUUUGUUACCCCUUACUCCCACCAUUUUGCUCUCUCCUAUUGAUUGCCCAGAUGGAGUUACAGUGUUGGCUUUAAACACGGCCCCCUCUCUGUGUCCAUAGAGUGUCUUGGCCAACAUAUCCAAAUAGUUAUUCCAGCUCCUCUCUUGGAAGUGUCUUUAUGAAAUCAUAUUCAGUACCAGCUUUCAGUGAAUUGCCUUGAUUAGGCCAAAACUUCUUCCUUCUAAAUCUUUUCCAGUUCAGCUUCCAUGCUAUCACAUAGCGCUGUAGAGUGUUGUUAAAUAACCCACACACGAAAAUUACAUCUCAGGACACUCCCAUUUGCUCCUGAGUCAUGUGACACAUCUAUUUCUCCCUAUUUAAUUUGUUGCUCUAGUGUUAUUCCAAUCAGUGAUGAUCUGUCUGUGACCUGCAGCUGAGAAUCACAGAUGAUCAGUCGCAGACUUGCAGUCCCGACACAUGUGACCGAUGCCUGCGGAUGCAAAAUAAAGUAUUUUGGUUCCCGUUUUGUGCCAAAAACAAAAUCUAGCAAGUGUGCACUGAUGAUGAGAAACUAUGUAUACCACAGUUUAAUUAUGAUGUUCCCUCAAGUAUGUUUUACAAGCACACUGCUUCAUGUUUUUGUUUUGUGACUACCUCCAUACCAAGACUCACAUUGCUGCCUGUGAUACAAAUGUAAGUUGAAUUAUGCAAAAACUAGAAUCUGAUCAACAAAUGUCUGAAGGUUAUGCUGUGUGACGCUAAGUGUGGGUUGGAGUUAUCACCUGAACGUUUGAAACUUGCCUGGGUAUGACUGAUGAGAGGAAACACUUGCUUUGCAGUGACAAGAAGCCAGCGAUUGAAGAUGGAUCCUCUAUCAUGAAGAAGAUAGGUAAUGUUUGGAGUUGUGACAUAUGCAAGGAAGGGUUCCCAUCACAUCAGCAUCUCACUGAACACUGCCAAACGCACGUCACAGACACUUCAUUCAAGCAUGAUGUUAGCGGUUUGCAGCCUUCACAAAGUGAAUUGCAUGUGAAACAUAAGGACACACAUUUCAGAUGUUCCACAUGUGGGAAGCAGUAUUCACGGUAUCCAGAUCUUGUGAAUCAUCAGCGAAGACAUACGGGUAACACGCCUUUCAAAUGUGGCAGUUGUGGGAAAGGAUUUUCACAUAAAAGAUAUCUUGUGACACAUCAAGGAAUACAUACAGGUGAAAAGCAUUUCAGAUGUUUUACUUGUGGAAAAUCAUUUUCACGGAAAGGAAAUCUUAUGAAUCAUCAGAGAAUUCAUAGAGGUGAUAAGUCUUUCAAAUGUGCCACUUGUGGCCAAGUAGUGUCAGAAAAAGGAAGCCUUUUGAGACAUCAGAGAACACACACUGGUGAAAAGCGUUUCAAAUGUUUUACUUGUGGGAAAAGUUACACACAGAGUGCAGAUCUUGUAGCACAUCAGAGAAUACAUACAAGUGACAGUUCUUUUAAAUGUGACAUAUGUGGGAAAGUGCUAUCAUAUAAGGGGAAUCUUGUCAGACAUCAAAGAAUACAUACGGGCGAAAAGCCAUACAGUUGUAUUACAUGUGGGAAAAGUUUCGCAUGGCAUGCAGUUUUCGUGUCACAUCAGAGAAUUCAUAGAAGUGACAGAUACACGUAUUUUAAAUGUGACAUAUGUGGGAAGGUGUUAUCAGAGAGGGGAAGUCUUGUGAGACAUCUUAGAAUACACACGGGUGAAAAGCCAUACAGUUGUAUUAUAUGUGGGAAAAGUUACACACAGAGUGCACGUCUUGUGGAACAUCAGCGGCUACAUACAAGUGACAGUUCUUUUAAAUGUGACAAAUGUGGGAAAGUGUUAACAGAAAAGGGAAGUCUUAUCAAACAUCUAAGAAUACACAUGGGUGAAAAGCCGUACUAUUGUAUUACAUGUGGAAAAUGUUAUGCACAGAGUGCAGAUCUUGUGGCACAUCAGACAAUACACACAAGUGACAGUUCUUUUAAAUGUGACAUUUGUGGGAAAGUGUUAUCACUGAGGGCAAGUCUUCUGAGACAUCUUAGAAUACAUAUGGGUGAAAAGCCAUACAAUUGUAUUACAUGUGGGAAAAGUUACACACGGAGUGCACGUCUUGUGGAACAUCAGAGAAUACAUACAAGUGACUGUUCUUUUAAAUGUGACAUUUGUGGGAAAGUGUUAACAGAAAAGGGAAAUCUUAUCAAACAUCAAAGAAUACACAUGGGUGAAAAGCCAUACAAUUGAAUUACUUGUGGAAAAGUU